CGGGAAGGUAUGACUCGGACGUGUCAAAUCACGGUUAAUGUAGGGAAUAUUUUGCCCUUCACCCUCACAUCGCAUGAGUCACAAUCGCCAAGCAACGUGUAUUUCACUUCGGUUACUCCCCUACCGUUAAUUGCGCAUGGAAAUAUCCUACUCCAGUCUCAGCGAUGUCAGCUGUCAAUGGACGAAAGCAAUUGUCGCAAUACGCCGAGACGUCAGCAUGAGCUUGAUGUACCUGUACCUGUGCUUGUGCCGCUAGCUGGGAUCAUGACGCGUUUUGAUUCAUCAGCGCAGCCUCGCAUAAACCUAUAGCCUGUAUCGACAGCAUUCCAGAUUUGAAGUCAAGUUUGAACGGGGUUUUAGCCCUAACCAGCGCAUCGUGGGAUUGAGAAGCUCUCUACUGACGCUUUACUGUUCAGCACUUUAUCAUGGCAGGGGUGGACAGCGCGACUUAUCGGGGGCUAAUGUAUCUCCCCGAAACGGUGCGAUCAAGCUAGCCCAUCUACCGUAAGUUAGUGUGCUAUCUCAUGGUGGCGUAGUUCUGUGAAUACGAAUACUGACCGACUAAUGGAAUAUUUCUCCC